UUUUUUUCUCAGGUGCGAUAUCCAAUUAGGCGAAGACCAAAACUGCGAAUCUGCCCAAAUUGUAAUGUCGGGGCAGUUUCGUGCAAAAUUUACCUUAUAUUUUAUUUGCAUUUGACUCAGAAUUGGAGUCUUUCGAUUCAACUCGGUCCCAUGUGCAGCGAAUCGUCCAACUGAGAGUUGAUAAGCCGAUGAUAGCCAAACAAAGGCCUCACGUUUUAAAAGUUGAAACCCGUGGUGACGUCUUGAUCUCAUCGUACAACGCCCAGCCUCGGGAGCCAAUCCUCUCUGUAAUAGUUCCUUGAUCGUUGCGCCUCCCCCGAGUAAAAAGAAAAAAGAUACAACAACGAAGAUGGAACCCUAACUCGGGUGAUUCGACUCGGUUGUUCACAAGCUAACGCAACUCACGCCCGAAGAGCUAGAUCCUCUGGCAAUGCGACUCUGGUUCUCGGCAACAUCCCUCUCGAGAGAGGACUCCUUUUGUUUGGCUAAAGCCUUCGCCUGUUUUCAGAUUCAUUUAAAAAGUUCUAGCAAUGACCAACGAUUCCCAUGCCCAUAAUUCCCGAGGUCUCCUUUGCAACGCCGGUGCCGGCGCCGCCGCUGGUGUUAUUGCUGCAACAUUUGUGUGUCCUUUAGAUGUUAUAAAGACUAGAUUUCAGGUUCAUGGGCUGCCAAAGCUUUGUAACGCAACCGUUAAACGUAGUAUUAUAGUUGGUAGCUUGGAACAAAUAUUUCAGAAGGAAGGCUUGCGUGGCAUGUACCGUGGGCUUGCUCCUACUGUAAUCGCUUUACUUCCUAAUUGGGCAGUAUAUUUUACAGUGUAUGAGCAGCUCAAAGACUUUCUUUGUUCUAACGAUGAGAAUCACCAUCUCUCAAUAGGUGCUAACAUGCUAGCUGCAUUUGGUGCUGGAGCUGCGACAACCAUUUCAACAAAUCCUCUUUGGGUUGUUAAGAUAAGACUUCAAACUCAAGGAAUGAGAGGAGGAGUCAUUCCCUAUAGGGGUACACUUUCUGCUUUGAGGAGAAUAGCUCAUGAGGAGGGUAUUCGGGGUCUAUACAGUGGUCUCGUCCCUGCAUUAGCUGGUAUUAGUCAUGUUGCCAUUCAGUUUCCAACAUACGAGAAGAUCAAGUUUUAUUUAGCUGAUCAAGAUCACACUACAAUGGAUAAACUCAGUGCACGUGAUGUUGCUGUUGCCUCAUCAGUUUCCAAAAUAUUUGCAUCCACAUUGACUUACCCACAUGAGGUGGUACGCUCAAGGCUUCAGGAACAGGGACAUCACUCUGAGAAACGUUAUUCUGGUAUGGUUGAUUGCAUCAGGAAAGUAUUUCAGCAAGAAGGCCUUGCCGGAUUCUACCGUGGGUGUGCAAUAAAUCUUAUCAGGACAACUCCUGCAGCUGUUAUCACAUUCACCAGCUUUGAGAUGAUUCAUCGAUUUCUUGUCAAUCUUUUCCCUCCUGAUCCACAACCUCACACAUUGUGAGGCUGCAUCAUGCUCAAACAAGGAUAUAACCACUGUUUCCUGAGAUAUAGCCAGGCAGCGAUACAUCAUCUUGGUAGUGAUACAUUUUCACAGUUGUUUGUAUUCUUCUAGUAGCCAUUUUACCAUUAUUCAUUCGAUCCUCAUCUCGUCUAAUCCUGAAAUAUCAAAGCUUCCCGAGGAAGGUGUGGACAUGUUAUACCAAAUGAUAAUGCCGAAAAUGGUACAUUGUGAGCUUAAAUUAUUACAUUAAGGAUAGCUAGAUAAGUACAAUUGUUUAUCUUUGUUUACCAUGUACCACUUUGCUUUGCUGUUUAUCCUUAUUCUUUCAUCAUUCUAUUUUCAACUUUCAAAGCAUAUAAACUAUGCAAAACCGAAUGUAGGUGGCUGCCGGAAAGGUAACUUGGGUUGUGCAGGUGCCAUGGCUUGAUUUGAGGUGGAGAAUUUCUCUCUCUCUCUCCUUUUUCCUCUUCACUCACUGGGAUUCCACCGUAACGAUAUUGCCUAACGUUUGAGCUGUUUUGAAGAAAUUGUAGUUUGCUUGUCACUUUAGAAAAUUAUUCUUUCAUAUAUUGGCUUAGCCUGCAAUCUGGCAUUAUUAUCUUGGUUUCCAUUUUUAUAUUCUGUUGUUCCUUCGCUAUGUCUGGUAAGAAAAAAGUGAGCAAAGAAAAUAAGGAGAGGAUCACGUGGUAAACAUUUGGGCUAAGCCUGGAUCAUGAUCUGAUUCAUGCGGUGUAGCUAGGACCUUGCUUCAUUGCACAUUUGGGCUACUGUCCCCAACGUAAAGAGUAACCAAUUCCGCCUGAAUUGCCAAGUAAUGGUGACAUGCAAGCAUCUCAUCGCGUUCCCUUCCACUUUGUUUGUAGGUAGCUAGAACUCCUGUGCAGUUCUGUAGUCGUUGAGCUUUUGUUUUGGAGACGAAGCUACCAAAAUCCCACACUUCCAUCUGAAACUCAAUUCCAUGAAAGGUAGCUAAACGUUCAGACACGUUUGCUUUCUAAGCAAGUAUAAGGAAUUUGGGUGGGGAUUUCAAUUGUGAUAAGAGUUGUUGGGAUAGGGAUUUUCUGAUGGAAACGGGAUACCUAUAAUCUGUUAAC